AUGGCUCACCCCUUCACCAGUCCAUUUCCGCCGCCACUGGCCCCCACGGCCGUCCCUCUUCCACCGGCGGCAUUCCUCACUUCAAAUCAGGUCUUAUCCGCGCCGCCGCCUGCUUCCAUACCGGCCCCAGCUGCGGCCUAUACAGUCCCUCCGCCGAUGGUCUUUCCGACAUCAGGUGCACCUGCUCGGACUCACCCUCAAGUCGCGGAUCUACCCUUCUAUCUGCCUCCCCAACCUCACAUCAACUUCUCCUACCAAGCACCGCCCCCUAUAAACACCACCUUCCUCGAACCAGGCACGCCGACUCACGCGGCCCAAGUCUCCUCCCCAACGCACUUCUUCCCUGAGGCCGACGCCGAGCAAGAGCGUAGACUGAAGCGAAUGGAAGAAACGAUAGGAGCCCUACAAGCAAAUGAUGCUCGACCCGAUGCGCGCUACGGUGACUGCAGCUUAUUCCCGGGCAUGCGGCUGCCCCCGAAGUUCAAGAUCCCGGAGUUCAAGACCUACGGGGGUACGACGGAUCCACGCCACCACCUCCGCCAUUACCGGGGGAAGAUGCUACAGAGGAUCGACAGCAACAGGCUCACCUUCAACGCCGUUAGGCCCCCGAAUGUGCAGGACAACCCACUCCCGGACCAUAGGCCGAGUUCGGGACCUUCCAUCAACAUGAUCUCCAUAUGCGCCUCAAGGAGGAACGAAGACAUGCGAGACAACCCCCUUCCCUUCGUGAUCAACUAUACUCCCGAGGAACCCACCGUCGGAUUCGCGGGGCACAUGGCUUCGUCGGCUCCAUUCGUCGUGGAUAUCCCCGCACGAGAACCGUAUACAGACAGCAAGGUCCCCUGGACCUAUGAAGGAAGUAUCGGGAGAGUUGAGAAGCAGUUUAGUGUCAUGGGGGUGACACGUUCGGGGCGGGUGUACGAGAACUCGACGAUCAUAGACAAAGGGAAGGCGCCUGCAACUGAAGUUGGGGCAGUGCCCGAAAGCUCGCCUUUUCCAUCCAAGAAGGUAACCGAAGAGGAAGCCGAAGCGUUUAUGAAGGUCAUAAAGGCGAGCGAAUACAAAGUAGUCGAGCAAAUGGCCAAGUCCCCGGCUCACAUCUCAUUGCUCGCCCUCCUCCUCGGUUCGGAACCUCACCGAGAAGCCCUUCUCCGGGUACUGACCGCGGCACAGGUCCCGAAGGAAACGCCUCCCGACAGGAUAGAGGAGACCGUCGGUUCCAUCUUCUCCAACACCAUCUCGUUCUCGGACGACGAGCUCCCGUUCGAAGGCUGGUCACAUUCACGGGCCUUGCACAUUGUCUGCAAGUGCAACAACUACAUCAUUGGCCGGGUCAUGAUUGACAAUGGGUCCGCACUCAACGUUUGCCCGGUGACCACCUUGAAGCAGAUGAACGUGGACCUCAACCAAGUCCGCCCGAGCAAAACAGCGGUCCGAGCCUUGAACGGCUCGCUCAGGGAGGUGAACGGGGAGAUCGACCUCCUCAUAGAUGUUGGCUCUUGCUCGUUCAGCAUCACAUUCCAGGUGCUUGACAUCUCGAACGCGUUCAGCCUGCUGCUCGGGAGGCCCUGGAUCCACUCGGCCGGCGCUAUCCCCUCUUCUUUGCACCAAAGGCUGAAAUUUAUCGUCGAAGAGAAGCUCAUCACGGUGAAAGGAGAGGAGGAUUACACCAUCUACAAAGAGACGGCGGUGCCCUACAUCAGUGUCGGCAAUGACGAGAACCUCCCAUUCCAUUCGUUCAAAACCAUCUCCGUCAUCCGGGACUAUGGAGAGAUUCGACCAUCCCGCACCGAUCGCAUGAUAGGGAGGGUGCUUUUGCGCAAUAACUACGUCCCCGGCACCGGCCUCGGGGCGCGCGGAAAAGGGAUCAGCCGCCCUAUUGAAGUCGAAGAGUACAAGCACAGGAGGGGACUCGGCUUUCGCCUCUCCUGUCAUGAAAUCAUCGAGGCUCGCAGGGGCCACCACCUUCACCACCUCGCCGCGCACUACGGGAGGCUCAACAGGGGCAUUCCUGUCCCCCCCGUUAUCUCGUUUCUUCCCCGGGCCUUCGCACAUCAUUGGGGCCACCCUUGA